UCUUCUUAUUCGUCUUCUAAUCCCUUCGGAAUCUUCCAAACAGUAACCCUUGUUUCUCCACGUCUAAAGAGGUUAGGGAAACCAAUAAUGUACCACCACGUGGAAACGAUCGGCCACGCUGGCCAUACCGGACCAAUCAUAAAGUCCUAACUCGUGGCAGUGCAGGACACGUGAGAUCGCAGGUCUCUCCUUCUUGCUCUUUAACUUCACUAUUAUAAAAUCGGUCACGCGACGAAGGGAGGUUGAGAUUUAUGCAUUAGGCGACUCGCAGAGUAGAAGCUACAAAAGAAAUUGUAAAGAACGAUGAGGAAGUGGACGGUACCUUCCGUUCUGUUUCUGCUAUGCCUUCUCUUUCUCCUUCCAGAUCAAGGUCGGAAGUUGCAUGCAAAUGCAGAGGGUGAUUCUGACGCUCCAGUAGAUCCACCAAAGGUUGAAGAAAAGAUCGGCGCUGUUCCAAAUGGUUUAUCCACCGAUUCUGAUGUUGCUAAAAGAGAAGCUGAGUCGAUGUCCAAGAAAAAUCUCCGCGCAAAUGCGGAGAAGUUCGAGUUUCAGGCUGAGGUGUCUCGGCUUAUGGACAUCCUUAUCAACUCUCUUUACAGCAACAAGGAUAUUUUCUUGAGGGAGCUGAUCUCCAAUGCUUCUGACGCACUGGACAAGAUUAGGUUCCUCUCACUCACGGACAAGGAGGUGUUGGGUGAAGGUGAUAACACCAACCUUGAGAUCCAGAUUAAAUUAGACAAAGAAAAGAAAAUUCUGUCAAUCCGUGAUAGAGGUAUUGGUAUGACAAAGGAAGAUUUGAUAAAGAACUUGGGGACCAUAGCUAAGUCGGGAACUUCAGCUUUUGUGGAGAAAAUACAGACAAGUGGAGACCUCAAUCUCAUUGGGCAAUUCGGUGUCGGGUUCUACUCAGUCUAUCUUGCUGCCGAUUAUGUAGAAGUCAUUAGCAAACAUAAUGAUGACAAACAGUAUGUGUGGGAGUCAAAGGCUGAUGGAGCAUUUGCAGUUUCUGAGGAUGUGUGGAAUGAGCCACUUGGUCGUGGAACGGAAAUCAGAUUGCACCUUAGGGAUGAAGCCGGCGAAUACUUGGAAGAAAACAAAUUAAAGGAACUGGUGAAGAAAUAUUCGGAAUUCAUCAACUUCCCCAUAUAUCUCUGGGCCAGCAAAGAGGUGGAUGUGGAGGUUCCUGCUGAUGAAGAUGAGUCAAGUGAUGAAGAUGAAACAUCUGAAAGCAGCUCCUCUGAGGAAGAGGGGGAAGAUGAAGAUGCUGAGAAAGGAGAUCAGAAAAAACCCAAGACCAAGAAAGUGAAGGAAACAACUUAUGAGUGGGAGCUUUUGAAUGAUGUGAAAGCUAUAUGGUUGCGGAAUCCAAAGGAAGUGACUGACGACGAGUACACCAAAUUCUAUCAGUCACUAUCCAAGGACUUCGGUGAUGAGAAGCCUCUAUCAUGGAGUCACUUUAGUGCAGAAGGUGACGUGGAGUUUAAGGCUGUACUGUUUGUGCCUCCUAAGGCUCCUCAGGAUUUGUAUGAGAGCUACUAUAACAACAACAAAUCCAACUUGAAGUUGUAUGUCAGACGAGUGUUCAUUUCGGAUGAAUUUGAUGAGCUUUUGCCAAAGUAUCUCAACUUCUUGAAGGGUCUUGUCGAUUCCGACACCUUACCUCUAAAUGUAUCACGAGAAAUGCUUCAGCAGCACAGCAGCUUGAAAACGAUAAAGAAGAAAAUCAUCAGGAAGGCCCUUGAUAUGAUCCGCAAGAUUGCUGAUGAGGAUCCUGAUGAAUCUUAUGACAAAGAGAAGAAAGAUGUUGAUGAAUCUGUUGACAAUAAUGAGAAGAAAGGCCAAUACACAAAGUUCUGGAACGAAUUUGGCAAAUCUGUAAAACUUGGUAUUAUAGAGGAUGCAACUAACAGAAACCGCUUGGCGAAACUUCUCAGAUUUGAGAGCACAAAAUCAGAGGGGAAAUUAACCUCACUAGAUCAGUACAUCUCACGAAUGAAACCAGGUCAGAAGGAUAUUUUCUAUAUAACAGGAACCAGCAAGGAACAGUUGGAGAAAUCUCCAUUCCUCGAGAGGCUUACAAAGAAAAAUUAUGAGGUUAUAUUCUUCGCUGAUCCUGUGGAUGAAUACCUGAUGCAGUACCUGAUGGAUUAUGAAGAUAAGAAGUUCCAAAAUGUCUCCAAGGAGGGCUUGAAACUUGGAAAGGAUUCUAAAGACAAAGAACUGAAGGAAUCAUUUAAGGAGUUGACCAAAUGGUGGAAAGGUGCACUUGCCAGUGAGAAUGUAGAUGAUGUGAAGAUAAGCAACCGUCUGGCUGACACUCCUUGUGUAGUUGUGACAUCUAAGUUCGGCUGGAGCGCAAAUAUGGAGAGAAUCAUGCAGUCGCAGACACUAUCAGAUGCUAGCAAGCAGGCAUACAUGCGUGGCAAGAGGGUGCUUGAGAUCAACCCAAGGCAUCCAAUUAUCAAGGAGCUGCAGGAGAGAGUAGUAAAGGACCCUGAGGAUGAGGGUGUAAAGCAAACGGCACAACUCAUGUACCAAACAGCAUUGAUGGAGAGUGGCUUCAUGCUCCCUGACCCCAAGGAUUUUGCUUCCCGGAUAUACAGCUCGGUGAAGACGAGUCUAAGCAUCAGUCCCGAUGCUGCAGUUGAAGAGGAAGAUGAUGCUGAAGAAAUUGAGACUGAAUCCAGCACGAAAGAAGCAGAAUCUAUUCCUGAGGCAGAGGCUUAUACUGGUCAAGAUGAUUCAGACACAGAGCCUUCCGCUGUCAAGGAUGAGUUGUAGGUUGCCUGAGCAUGGAUGGCCUGCAAUUGGAGGGGAUGAUUUUCCUGUGGUGUCUGUCCCAAGCAAACCUCAUAGACACUGAUAAAAAUUAAAAAAAAAACCUCGCAGAUGUUGCAUAAUGCAUUAGGCCUUCCUUGUGACAAUUUAGGAAAGGGAGAGUUUUAAUUUAUAGAUUACAGUAAACAUAACUACCAGGAAUUUUGUUUCUUUCGUUUUAUAUGGUAGAAGUUGUAUGGACAUGCUUCGUGUGUUUUUAAAGCAAAGCACUGUACUGCAAUUUUUCUUUCUCGAAUAUUAUUGGGAGGCACG